AUGUCUUAUCCCCAAGAAACCUUCCACCGCACCCAUUUCACCCCCGGCUCGUUCUGGGCCAAACGCCGCGCUGUAGCAUGGCAGACCACCCUGCCCGCCCAGCUGGCCAUCCUCAAGUCGACAGGCCGAUACGACGCCUUCAGGAUGAAAUGGCAUCCUGUCUAUGCAGAGGGCCAUCGCGCGCUCUUCUGGGACUCCGACGUCGGGAAAUGGUUGGAGAGUGCGUGCUACUUCCUCGCUGAGCGGGCGCAGGACCCAGAUUACAGUCGAAUGGAUAAAGAGGGGGAUGGGCUUAUCGAUGAGGCUGUCAGGGAACUCACGGCGAUGAUCGGCACCGCGCAGUGUAGAGAUGGGUAUUUGAAUAUUCGCUUCACGGUCGUCGAGCCGGGGAAGCGGUUCACGAAUAUCCGCGAUUUACACGAGUUGUACAAUGCUGGCCAUCUGCUCGAGGCAGCGCUCAUUCACCACCAGCAUUACCAGAACGACCUUCUGCUGAGCCCGAUGCUCAAGUACGUGGACCUCUUGUGUGAGACGUUCGGCCCCGGUCCAGAUCAGAUCCAUGGGUAUCCGGGUCAUCCAGAGAUCGAGCUGGCUUUGCUUCGGCUAUACGAACGUACGGGGCACAAGAAUGCCUUGAAACUAGCCCAGUUCUUCAUCACCGAACGGGGGAACCCCAACGGGCCUCAGGGCCAGCAUUUCUACCUCACCGAGGCAGAGCAACGCGGCGAACAUCCUGCCGAGCGCCCGUGGAAGGAUGCCUCGGAGUUGAGGCUUCCGUACUGGUACCAGCAGGCACACCAGCCGAUUCUGGAACAGCAGACCAUCGAAGGCCAUUCGGUGCGAGCCAUGUACCUUCUGACGGCCGUGGCAGACCUGGUUCGGAUUUCGCGCAGCAGCACAGACGUAAGGGAUUGUGAAGGUUACAAGACGGCCUGUGAGCGUCUCUGGAACAACAUGGUCGAUAAAAAGAUGUACCUCACCGGAGGCAUCGGCUCCAGAUCGGAGUGGGAGGGGUUCGGUGUCGAUUACCUCCUUCCCCAGGGUUGGGACGAAGGAGGGUGCUACGCCGAAACCUGCGCCAGUAUCGGGGUCAUGAUGAUGGCCGAGCGGAUGCUGCAGCUGGAUCUUGACGGGAAAUACGCCGAUAUCAUGGAGCUAGCGCUGUACAAUACCGUUCUGGGCAACAUGAGCCAGGAUGGCAAGGAGUUCCUCUAUGAGAACCAUCUGGCUAGCUGCCCGCGGCGCCCGAUGAAGCGAGAAUCCUGGUUCGACUGUGCCUGUUGUCCACCGAACGUUGCUCGAACCAUGGGGAUGCUGGGUGGGUAUAUGUGGUCAACGGAGGUGAAGGGAAAGGACGUGACUAUUAACGUGCAUCUGUUCAACCCGGCAACAUUGAAGUUCCAGGUGGGCGAGCAUACAGUCACACUGCAGCAAAGAACCAACUGGCCCUGGAACGGCACCGUUGUCUUUGUUCUCGACGCUCCAUCUUCCCUCAAUAUCACCAUUCGCCUGCGAGUUCCGGCUUGGACUGUUCCGUUCGAAGAUGGAAGUCGUGUCCAGAUCCGCCCUGAGUUGCCAGCACAAUCUAUUUCAAAGUCUUAUCUCAUGCUGCCGCCCGAAUACACCUCCCAGCAUGUCAAGAAAGAGAUCGAAGUCUCAUUCAGCAAGCAAAGCAUGGCUCCUCGCCUUGUACGUCCACAUCCGUACACCAGUCUCGACACGGUAGCCGUCGCUCGAGGACCCCUGAUCUAUUGUGCCGAGGAUGUGGAUAACGACUGGGUGAACGACCACUUCAAGUCCACUGCCAUCUCGAGGAAUGCCCAUCUGCAAGAAAUCGUUCAACAUAAUGAUUUCCUUGACGAAGACUUCCUCAUGAUCAAGACCACAGGCGUGAAGUUGAACGAGGAACAGUAUUCCAAUCGGUCGAACGGAGUGUUUCCUGGAUUUGCCGUGACCCAGCCAGUAGAGCCGCAGGGAGAGCAGGUCCCUCUUAUUCUUGUCCCGUAUUACUACCGGGGCAACAGAGGAGGACGAGGCCAUAUGAGAGUAGGAUUCAAGAGAUCUGAUUAG